UGCCAUAUUUCAUGACGUCAAUAUUUUGCAAAUAUAAUGUACAUUCAGUUGUAAGAUAUCAGUGUUAAAGCAUGUGUCUGUUUUAUUCUGAGGUUAAUACAAUCUUAGUCAUCUUGUAACUUUAAAAAAAUUGGAUUUAUUAGGAAUUAAGUUUCAAUUAAUAAGAAACAAACUUUGUUGUUGUAUUCACUCUUCUGUUGACUGCAGUCAUUAUGAAGUACGACGAAGUCAUACAGUUGACUGGAGAGUUCGGACCUUACCAGAAGAAAAUCUUUCUUUUAACAUGUCUGCCAGCGCUGUCCACUGCCAUACAAACUAUGAUCACUAUAUUUAUUUUAGCGGUUCCAGAUUACAGGUGUGCUAUUCCAGGUUUGGACAAUGACACCUACAAGAUAGAUAGCGAUGACCACUGGGCAUUAUUGAACUACACAAUAAUUUGGUCAGAUGCUGACCCUGACAACGCCAAUAAUAAAUGGGGCUCAGGUCAAUGUCACGUUAUAGCUAACAGAACAGCUAAAGACUUGGAGACUGCACACAGGGAUGUCACUUAUUCAAACACCACAGAGACAUGCCAUAGCUGGACAUACGAUAAAUCUUUUUUUUCGGGGACAUACAUCUCAGAGCACAACUGGGUGUGUCAGGACAUGGAGCUGAGGUCACAUGUCAACAUGAUCUACAUGGCAGGUGUGCUGACAGGAUCUUUGAUUUCUGGUCUGGUUUCUGACAGGUUUGGAAGAAAGAAGGCUUUACUGGUGUCUAUUGUGGCCCAGGUGGCAUCAAGCAUUAGUCUGGCCUUCGCCCCGAAUUUCAUAACAUUGGCUGUUCUUCGUUUUUUUACGGGCAUUGGAGACAUCGGCAUCUACAUGUGCUGCUUUGUGUUAGCUAUUGAGCUGGUGGGGCCUGUAUGGCGUGCUCAAGUGGGGGUGUUGAUCACCUACUUCUGGUGCGCUGGAUUGUUUGUCCUAAAUGGUGCCGCCUAUGCCAUUCGAGAUUGGAAGAUUCUGCAGCUAGUCUUGUCUUGCCCAACAUUUCUCCUCUUUAUAAUCUGGUGGUUUAUGCCCGAGUCACCAAGAUGGCUUCUGAACAGAGGAAAACUUCAAGAAGCGCGGGUCAUACUGGACAAGAUUGCUAGUGCCAACAAGACAACUUUACCCGAGUCUAUUGUGGACGUUGAAAAGGAAGGCAACUCCACUGGGAAAUUUAUUGACAUCUUUAAAUACUCAGUUCUUGCCCUUAGAGCGCUAAUCGUUUUCAUUAACUGGUUCGGAGUGACUUUGGUCUUCUACGGGUUAACCUUCAAUGUGGCUACUCUAGGUGGAGAUAUCUAUCUCAACUUCUUCCUAAGUAGUGUGGUCGAAACACUGGGCUAUACUUUAUGUCUGCUGGCUAUACCUCGUAUAGGACGGAAAAGGUUUCACUGUCUCGCUAUGUUUCUAAGUGGAGGAGCCUGUCUCAGUUUUGUCAUACCCGCCUUCUUAAAAACGAAAGAGCCUUGGGUCUCUAUUUUCCUGUCCAGUGUAGGCAAAUUUGGUGCUUCCGGUGGCUAUGCCACCAUGUUCGUGAUGACUGCUGAGCUGUUCCCUACCCAGCUGAGAAACAGGAUGGUGGGUACCUGUUCAAUGGUCGCCAGAAUCGCUGGGAUGGUCUCCCCCUAUAUAGCAGAUCUGGGUGUGAUAGUGGGUGGCUCUACCGGCAGCGCCUUGCCUUUCCUCGUGUUUGGAUCGUGUGGGAUUAUAACAGCUAUUCUCACACUGUUUCUACCGGAGACCCUUAACCAAAAACUGCCGGAAACUGUAGAAGAAGCCAUCAACUUUGGAAGAUUUCCAAAAGACAAGACUCUCGAAAUCUUAAGUCAAACAACUGUGUUUAACAGCCAGGGGUUAGAAAAGUUCACUACACCGAAGAAUAAAGACUGUCACUCCCACCACAGGUCAACUGCCAAUGAUCAUGUUUUGGACCAAAGCAAUACAGAUACAAAUGGACAUAAUCAAAAGCAGACGACAGAACAAGUGAAAAAUGUGGACCGGAACAAAAUGAUUCCAAACGAAAGUAUCUUGCUGGCUAGAUUUUAAACGCUAAAAAAAAAAUAGAUCUAUAUUUAUUUCUCAUGUAUGUUAUCUAUAGUGGGCAGUGUAUUGACCACAAUAAAUUGUAAAUACUGUUUAUAACA